AUGAGUAACAAAGCGAGCAUCGCAAAUAUUCUCAACGCCGAUACGUCCAAUACUUCCAAUCAUUCGGAUCAUAGAUCUUCUAUACCAAACAAUUAUCGAUCAAAUCAAACUUUACCGGCCAUAAGUGAUGUAUUCUCUGUUGUUCCUAUUAGUUAUCCGGGUGGUCCGCAGAUUCAAUUAGUUCCUGAUGGUGAUUUAGCAAACUUUAAUCGUGCAAAUUCAAUGAUCUUGAAUCAUGAAGUUUUGGAUGCAAUGUCCAUGAAGACUGCUGCUGCUGCUGAAGCUUAUAAUAUGGCUGCUGAUUCUUGGAGGCGUGCUUCGCAAACUUUGUUCGAAUAUGAAAGCAGUUUUGAAAAUCAAAAUAAACCAAAAAGAAAAUAUAAGAAAAAACUAUCCCGUGGUAAUUCUGGGUCUGAUGCUGAUAAUAGGAGAAUGCAACCUCAUGAGAGGCUUAAACGACCGAGAAAUGGUUAUAUGAUUUUCAUGAAUGAAGUAUACGAAGAGACAAAAGCAAAAAAUCCAAGGAUGAAGUUUGGUGAAAUUUCUGCUGCUAUUGGUGCUAGAUGGAAAAAUAUGUCUAAAAGAGAAAAGAUGCCUUAUCAUAAAAAGCACGAGGACGAAAAAGCGAUGUAUGAAAGUGCAAAGCUUGCAAUGUCAAAAAGUAACUUAUGUAUUGUUGAAGAAAAAAUCCCAAUUCAAAUUUCUCAAUUUCAGUGUCACGC